AUGACCGUCUCCCAAGCCAAUGGCCCCGUCAAUGUACCACUUGGGAAGUUCCCAGCGACUGCACCGUCCAAUCUACUGCCCUCAGACGCAGAUGCACUGGCCCAGGGCGUAGUAAAUAGAGUCAAUGACGCCCUGGCAAAGCGAGACUUCAAGGCCGUCGCGGCACUGUUCUUUACAGACGGCUACUGGAGAGACCACCUGUGCCUCUCUUGGGAUCUUCACACAGCAAAAGGGCGAGACAGCAUUGCCAGCUUCCUCGACGCCAAUUGCAGCCGCUCGUUGCAGCUGGACAUUGAUCGAUCCUCAGACUUUCGACGCCCGGUUGCUUGUGCUCUCGAUGGACUGGGAAACUCCCACGGCAUCCAAUUCUUCACGACGAUCGACCUGGAAUGCGGCAGGGGCCGUGGGGUCGUGCGACUUGCCCAGGAGGACGGGGAGUGGAAGAUCCUCACAUUCUUCGCCUCGUUGCUGGAGCUCAAGGGGCACGAGGAGCCACUCAAUGGGCGUCGCAGCAAGGGGGUUGAGCACGGCGGUCGUCCUGACCGAAAGAACUGGCAGGAGAGACGCGAGACUGACGCUGAAUUCGGCGAAACGGAGCCUGCUGUGCUGGUUAUUGGCGCCGGCCAAGGAGGCUUGACGGCCGCUGCCAGGCUGAAGAUGCUCGAUGUCGACACUCUUGUCAUUGACCAGAAUGACCGGAUUGGCGAUAACUGGCGCCAGCGAUACCACCAGCUUGUCCUGCACGAUCCGGUGUGGUAUGACCAUAUGCCCUACAUCAACUUCCCGCCGCACUGGCCGGUCUUCACCCCCAAGGACAAGCUCGCCGAGUUCUUUGAAGCGUACGCCAAGCUGCUGGAGCUGAAUGUCUGGACUCGCACGACACUCAAGUCGCCAAGCUGGAAUGGGAAGCAGUGGACUGUCGUUCUGGAGCGUCGGAAUCCGGACAACACUGUGUCGACGAGGACUGUACAUCCCCGGCAUAUCGUCCAGGCUACGGGACAUUCAGGCGAGAAGUACAUUCCACCCCUGGCCGGUCUUGACAGCUUCAAGGGCGAUCGCAUCUGUCACAGUUCCGAUUUUAAAGGUGCCUUGCAUGCAAAUAAAGGGAAGAAAGCUGUCGUGAUCGGGUCGUGCAACUCCGGCCACGAUAUUGCCCAGGAUUUCUACGAGAAGGGCUAUGAUGUUACGAUGGUCCAGCGCAGCACGACGUGUGUGAUUUCGUCCGAAGCGAUCACUGAUAUUGGCCUCAAGGGCCUCUAUGACGAGGAUGGUCCUCCCACUGAGGAUGCAGACUUGUGGUUCUGGGGCAUGCCAGCGGAGCUGCUCAAGACACAGCAGAUAGGUGUCACUGCGGUCGAAAAUGACCAUGAUCGAGAAAAGAUUACAGGGCUCGAGAAAGCAGGGUUCAAAGUAGACAACGGACCUAACGGGGCAGGGCUGUUGCUCAAGUACUUCCAGCGCGGAGGAGGAUACUACAUCGACGUUGGAGCCAGCCAGCUGAUCAUCGACGGGCAUAUCAAGAUCAAGCAGGGAGUAGAAAUCAGUCAAGUCCUCGCUCAUGGCCUGAAAUUCGCCGAUGGUACUGAGCUCCAGGCCGACGAGGUUAUUCUUGCAACGGGGUACCAGAACAUGCGCACGCAGACACGACGUCUCUUUGGCGACGAGACGGCCGACUCGGUUGGCGAUGUCUGGGGGUUCGACGAGAACAGCGAGAUGAGAGGCAUCUGGCGGCCAUCAGGACACCGGGGACUGUGGUUUAUGGGAGGGAAUCUGGCAGUGUCGCGGUAUUACUCGCGGAUUCUGGGCCUGCAGAUAAAGGCGGCCGAGCUUGGUUAUAGAUAG